ACUAAGCUGACUGCUGCAAAAGGACAUCCCUAAGUCAACCAGGAAAGGCAUCAUAUAGCUAACGAGAGCUGCAAGAUUCGUCAUCCGGCAUCCUCCUCACUUCCCUGCAUCUUCUAUAACCAAAUGGCUGCCUCUGAUUCCAGGGUGACAAUGAAAUGCGUUCCAACUAAUGAAUCUUGUACCGAAUUUAUCCUUGUUCGUCAUGGUGAAACUGUAUGGAAUGCUAUUGGAAAAAUGCAGGGGCAGUCAGAUAUUGACUUGAAUGAGGCUGGGAGACAGCAGGCUGUUGCAGUUGCUAAACGCCUUUCAAGGGAACCUAAUAUCUCAGUUGUAUACUCAUCUGAUCUGAUGAGGGCACUAGAGACAGCUGAAACUAUAGCAGCCGAAUGUGGUGGGCUUGAGGUUAAUCGUGAUGAAGACCUGAGGGAAAGACAUAUAGGGGAGCUUCAGGGAGUUGUUUAUGAUGAAUCAAUAUCCAAGAUUUACCCCAAGGCUUUUGCAGCUCUCAUAUCAGGUGAAGAAGUUCCGGGUGGAGGUGAAAGUCGAGAUCAACUGCACAUAAGAAGCAUAGCUUCACUGCAAAGAAUUGCUCAAAAACAUAGAGGAGCGCGAGUGAUUGUAGUAACACACGGAGAAGUUAUAAGAAAUUUGUAUAGGAGACUUGUACCUUUUGAAGGUCAUCCUGGAGACGUAUCCAACACAUAAAUAAGUGUACUUGAGUUGUCCAAAAGAGAUGUUUGGUCCUUCAACAGUCAUCUCAGAGAAACAGAAUAUCUAGAAUCAGCACUUGGUGGAGGAGGUUUGUUGUGCUAGCUCACACCUCAAUACCUUAGACUUAAUUGCUUAUGGCUUCAUGAUAUUUUUGUAACAAGUGCAACUGAAUGUUACACUGUUACAUAAGCUGUGAAUUUUUUAAUUUUAUUUUUCAUAAAUAAAUUGUUACAUGUGAGUAAUUAUGAUAAACUGGAAGAAUUUGUAUUGUUAAAAACUUAAAAUUUGAAGGGAAAAAAAAUACUUAAUUUCUGUUCAUUCUUCCCUAGCUUUCCAUUCUGUGAUAU